GACUGCAGACAGAAGACAGAACUCUGAGAUCCAGAUCAGAAGUCUAGAGAGCAACAGUGACCCACGCAUCAGACCAAGCAAGAUCUUUAGAGGCCCUACCCGACAGUUACCUGUCCUCCCAACCAAGGUGUGAAGACCCAUAUCCUUCUCGUCCCUCCUAUUUAUCCCUCUCAGGACAGAAUGGACCGGACUUUGCAAGAGCUUUUUCUGAACUUCAUGCUAGUCUUAAUCACUCUGCUGCUCAUGUGGCUACUAGCCAAAGCAUACCAGGAUGCCUGAACAACCCGGGGGAGUGAUGCAAAAGUGAGGAAUGGGGGAAACUGUAUUUCAUCGUCCAGGGACUGCAGAUGCAAACAAUAUUGACAGCUUGCUAGUUCAAAUCCCGGCUCAGACAAGAAAAUCUGGUGUGGAGUGACCCAACAGUUGGAGGGCUGCCUUGUAGUUUAGGGGUGGGCAAACAUUUUGGCUAGAGGGCUACAUCAGGGUAUAUCAUUUCAAAGUAAGGCAAAUCAGAUUGGUUUUGUAAACAAUUUUUCAGUUAAAAUACAUGUUCAGGCCACAGAAGUGGCAGUUAUAAACUGGAGUGCGUUCAUGUUGAGUUACCAUCGUAUUACCAUCUUUCCAGAAAUAAUGUUUUGCCAGAAUAAUUUUUUAUGAAACCUCUUGCCAUAUUAGUUUGCCUACCCCUGCCCUAGAUACCAUUAUCGUCCAUAAAAUGAAGUUAAUCAACAUCACUUACAUUUCAUCUGCAACAUUCACAUUCUGCUUUAUCUGAAAUCUAAAUGAAGUUAAUGAAUUACAUUUGUAAACAGAUAUAAUUUAUAGCUUUACUGCUUCAGCAUAGUCCUGUCUGCUAAGAAACACAUGCAGUUCCUCACACCUGCCUCUUAGGGACUGCUUUUUUAGAGAUAACAUUCUGUCUACAAUAAAAAAAACUGUUGU